CCGGCGUCACGUGACCGCAGCAUCAGCUGACCAGGAGCGACAGGAAGGAGACCGUCCCCGGCGCGGGCUUCCUGGAGCGAUGAGGUUCCGGUUCUGUGGUGAUCUGGACUGUCCUGACUGGGUCCUGGCAGAGAUCAGCACGCUGGCCAAGAUUUCCUCCGUGAAGCUGAGGCUGCUGUGUAGCCAGGUGCUGAAGGACCUUCUGGGACAGGGAAUCGAUUACGAGAAGAUCCUGAAGCUCACUGCUGAUGCCAGGUUUGAGUCGGGCGAUGUGAAGGCCACAGUGGCAGUGCUGAGUUUCAUCCUCUCCAGCGCGGCCAAGCACAGUGUGGAUGGCGAGUCCUUGUCCAGUGAGCUGCAGCAGCUGGGGCUGCCCAAAGAGCAUGCGGCCAGCCUGUGUCGCUGUUACGAGGAGAAGCAAAGCCCCCUGCAGGAGCACCUUCGGGCCUGCAGCUUGCGAGUGAACAGGCUGGCAGGCGUGGGCUGGAGGGUGGACUACACCGUGAGCUCUAGCCUGCUGCACUCCGUGGAAGAGCCCAUGGUGCACCUGCGGCUGGAGGUGGCAGCGGCUGCGGGUGCCCCAGCCCAGCCUGUUGCCAUGUCCCUCUCAGCAGACAAGUUCCAGGUCCUCCUGGCAGAACUGAAGCAGGCCCAGGCCCUGAUGAGCUCCCUGGGCUGAGGAGGAGAGCGUUUUGGGGCCCAUGUGGAGCUGCCCUCUGAACUCCUCUUUAUGGGGUGGCCUCAGGUCCAGGACCCUGGGCACCUGGCCUCCUAGAUCUCUGGCUUCCUUGGUUAUCACCUGAGAGUUCAGCAUAGGGAUCCGGGGAAGCUUUCCAGCAUCGCCUUCCCUCCCCCUUGAACAGCACUUGUCAGUGCUUUUCAUAAGCAGGAAGAAUAAAAGAAGUGUGAGACGUGUAAA